GCUAUAAAUAGGUCACUUCCGGGCACCUGUAGAAAGCGCCAGUGUGCCAAACGUAAAUAAGAAUGGACAUCCUGGUCAAGCCGGGCAGUCAUGUCCAGUGGGACUGGUACAAGAGUCACGAGGGACGAGAGGUCAUUAUGUCUAUUAUGCACAGGAAUCUUCAUCAACGAAAAGUCUUCGGGCUGCUGGAAAGACCCAGUUUUCCCCCACAUUUGGCUCCGGAGGAGUACAGGUUUAAGAUAUUCGUGUGUGGAAAGAGUGGCGUUGGUAAAACAAGCACCAUUUCUAAGCUGUCAGGGAAUGAAGUGCCUUCCAUACACAGCGAAACACCAGGUAUCCAGACUACAGAAGUAUACUGGCCAGUGAAGAUCUUACAUGAGGACAAAGUGGUCAUGUUUCAGCUCCAGUUCUGGGACGCAGGAGAAAAUGCCCUCAAGAAGUUUGACCAUGUUUUACCAGCCUGCAAGGACCAAGCAGAUGCUGUGAUGUUUGUCUUCAGUUUUGUGGACAAGUCUGGAUUUGAGGAUCUUCCGCAGCAGAUGUCAAGGGUUAUAGAGCCCCAAGACAACAUUUGUAGAUUUAUAAUGGGAACAAAAUAUGACCUCCACGCACACAGCGAGAUAACGCAGAGGGACAUACGAGACUUUGAACAACAAUGGAGGACGCCAGUGCUCCGCAUUAAAAACAUCACAGACUAUAGGCAGACUGAGCUCAGGGGCGACCUUAACGAGGUAGCACCAAUACUUAACACGAUAUGUGAACACUUGUGGCACAGGGAACAAAUACUACAAGGCCGAUACAGUAUACCUGUAGAAGUUUGAGGGAGGUUUUCAGUGUGCGUGAAAGGACUGAGCCUCAGAAACAUUCGUUUUUUAGUUCUCUUUAUACUGUUCAAGAAUUUGUUUGUUUGUUUUUUUUAAGGUCAGUUCUUAUUCUCAGCAUUUACUACUGGUGGAUUUUUAGUCUACGAGAUAAGCAACACAUUUAGAUGAUAUAA